CUACAUCGCACCACCAUGGCCGUCAAGCGCAAAAGCUUGGGGCAGGAUGCCAAGGUCAAGAAGGCCAAGACUGCGCCGGCCGAGCUCGACACGGACGACGAGAUUGAGCAGUACGCCGCGCAGAGCACGCUCGUGGAUCCCAUGAUCGACGUGCAAGCCAGCGACGACGAUGACGACGAAGAAGACGCCGAGAUGCUGUCUGAUAAUGAGGACGAGGAUGACGGCGUCGAGGAGUUCACCGGCUUCGACGCGGAGGAGGAAGAGCCCGCCCCAACAGCAGGCCCAUCGCGCACCAAGAGCCUGUACAAGGCGCCGACGCUCGCCGAGCUCGACGAGCUGCGCGCAGCCGAGGCAUCAGGCGGCAACACGUUCUCGCUGCAGCUCGACGCGCUGCUGUCGUCGACGCUGCUGCCGUCCACGCCGAGCGCGCAGCUCAAGGGCCUCCUCGGCGCCGUCCACGACCUGGUGCACGCGCUCCCUAGCCUGACGCCGCUUUCGCCGCCCAAGGCGGUCGCGCGCCUCGCGAAGGGCAGCAGUAAAGGCAAGGCCGAGGCCGUGCCCUUCCCCCCUGGCGUGGAGCUCGACCUCGCCGAGGUCCAGUGGAAGCUCGGCUUCGAGCCCCCCGCCGAGGUGUUCGUCGGCGGCUCGUGGGCCGUGUGCGGAGGCUACAAGAAGGGCAAGGGCGAGGCUGGAGGUGUGGACGUCGUGGUGGUCAUGCCGGAGGCCAUGUUCUCGGCAAAGGACCGCACAGCGUUCCGCUACUUCCACAAGCGCGCGCACUACCUCGCGGUGAUCUACGCCGCACUGCGCAAGGCCGCGGCCGACGCCAGCUCGCCCCUCCACGGCGUUGACCUGGCCUGGGAGGACGCCGACGCGCGCCGCCCCGUCAUCGCCAUCAGUGCCGGUAAGGCGCAUGGCCUGAAGCACAAGACGGUGGUGCGCGUUCACGCCGCCAUCCCCGCCGACACGUUCCCCCUUGCGCAGCUGUACCCGUCCAAGAGCCUGAUUCGGUCCGGCGAGGGCGACGACGAGGCGUCCCCGCAGACUUCGGCCUCCAUCAUCCGGGAUACGCUGCACAAGCAGCACCUGAUCCACCUGCACCGUCUCGCCACGGCCCUGGGAGCGGAAGACCGCGUCGCGGACAAGUUCCUCGCCCUGUGGCGCAUCUGGGCCGCGCGCCGCGGUCUGUCUCCUGCCGCCUCGAGCGGGUCGUUCGCAGCCAUGAUCCUCGGCUGGGUGGUCGACGGCGCCGAGAUCGGCGGCAAGGGCGGCGAGCGCGCCGCGACGAAGCGUACCCGUGGGCUUGGCAAGGGACUCGGCGCGUGGGGCGCCCUCCGUGCCGCUUGGGAGCUGCUCGCGCACACCGACUUUGAGAAGACGCCUGUCUUCCUCACGGGCGCCGAGAGCGACGCGCGCGUGCCCAAGGCCGAGUGGGUCGCGUCGUACCGCGACGUCCUGGUAGACCCGACUGGCACCCUCAACCUCUUCGGCAGCUGGGAGAAGGGCGAUGUCGAGCUGCUGAGGUACUUUGCCCGCGAGACGCUCGCCAUGCUGGAGGACUCGAGCGUCGACCACUUUGCCGACGUCUUCCUCGCGGACCACACGCUCGGCCCGGCGACAUUUGACGAGUACUUGAUUAUCGAUGCCUCCAAUGUUGAAGAUGACGCCGACGCCGUCGCCACGGCCGAGUUCCCUUCGGCAAUCGAGCGCCACGCCCGCCUUGCCGCCGACGUCGUGAGGCGCGGCUUGACCGACCGCGCAAAGCUCGUGCACUCGCAGGUGCUCUCCGACUCGACGUUUGCCGUCGGGCUGUUGCUCAACGCUGCCGCCGCGACCCGCGUGCUCUACAUGGGGCCCUCGUCUACCGACGAGGCCGCCGGCGCCGCCUUCCGCCAGCUCUGGGGCGAGAAGGCCGAGCUUCGCCGCUUCAAGGACGGCUCGAUCGCCGAGUCGGUCGUCUGGACCCCCUCGCGGCCCGAGGAAGCAGCCCUCAUCCCCUCCCAGGCGGCGAGCUGGCUCAUCACGCGCCACGUGGGCGAGGACGUUGACAUCAACUCCAUCUCCAGCGGCGCCGAGUGGCUCUCGAUCCUCCAGACCCCCGCGUCGGCGCGCGAGGCGGUCAACACCCCCGGCGCGGAGAAGCUCGGCUUCAGGCCGGUCAUGGACGGCUACGACUCGCUGUACAAGCUGCUCAAGGACGUCGACUCGGAGCUGCCCCUCGCGGUUCUGCACGUCGCACCAGCGUCCGAAAUGCUGCGCUACGCCGCGACUUUCAUCCCUCACCCGGUCGACGUGGCGCGUGCGAGAUCCGCCGCCUCGUCCAUCAGCUACUUCCCCGUCGCGGAGGUGGUGAUGCAGUUCGAGUCGUCGCCCCGCUGGCCUGACGACCUCGCCGCGAUCCAGAAGCUCAAGCUCGCGCUGCUGGAGAAGCUUGCUCGCGUGGUGCAGACUCGCAUGCGUGGGGUCAAGGUCAACAUUGCCCUCGACGCCAACGCCAGCGCUAUCGACGAUGCUGCGGCUCUCGAAGUCCUCCUCCCGCAGGGCGUUGCCUUCCGCGUCCGCGUUCACCACGAGCGCGAGAAGAAGCUGCUUGAGCAGGCACUCGAGCCGCCACUCCCCGGUGUGCCACGGAACCUGCCACCCCCUCCGCGCAAGCUCGUCGUGCCGGCACUGGCGAAGCACGUCCGUCGGUUCCAGCACCUGCCUACGCACCACUCUGCCCUGGCACCGCUCCACCACCGCUUCCCGACGUUCUCGACCGCCGUGCGCCUGCUCAAGCGCUGGGCAGCGGCCCACAUGCUCUCGUCGCACCUCCAGCCGGAGGCGCUGGAGCUCCUCGUGGCUCACACCUUCCUGGAGCCCGGCGCGCUCGCGCCCCCGUCGUCCGCCACCGCCGCGUUCCUCCGCACACUGCGCUUCAUCGCGAGCUGGGACUGGCGCCAGCAGCCAGUCUUCAUCCCGCUGGCGGCUGUCACGCGCGAUGCGGCGAGUGCGUCUGGCCGGCCGCGCUUCGCAUCUGAUCUCCGUGCUGCCGCCCUUGCUGCGUUUGAGAAGCGCCGCAGUGGAGAGGCCGAGGUGGUCUCUGACGCUUGGGUGCUCGUUACCGAGGCCGACGAGACGGGCACACGCUGGACAGCCGGCAUCGGUCCCGUGAUCGCUGGCCGCGUCGCCGCGCUCGCUUCCGCAUCUUUGGGACUUGUGUCAAGCGGCACCGCUGCAGGCGAGCUCAACGUCGAGGGCCUCUUCCACACCCCUCUGCAGCACUACGACGCCGUGUUCCAUCUGUACCCCGGCACGCGCGCCGCCGAGGCCGUGCAGCCCGACGAAUCGCUCUGGGUCGGGCGGGGCGCGUUCCGCAACCUCGGGCUCGAGGGGACGCCAUUGCGGCUGUCGUUUGACCCUGUCUCGCUGCUCGUGCGCCAGAUCAAGGACUCGUACGGCGACGCGCUGCUCGUCUUCCAGGACGUGCACGGCGGCCGCGCUCUCGGCCUGCUGUGGAACCCUGCCAAGAGCCAGCCGCGCGCGUUCAAGCCCUUCCUGGGAUACAACUCGGCGCCGACCAAGGGCAAGGCUGCGCUGGUCGAGCUCAACCGCGACGCGGUCGUCGCUGAGAUUACGCGGCUGGGCCAGGGGAUCAUUGAGCGGGUUGAGCGGAGGUAGGCGCGAGCGACGAGCGAGGGAGUAGACACAUUUUCUAUUAGAC